AGUGGACAAUGGUGUGUCCUGUCAGUCUGUAACUCUGUUGUGUUCACGGAGAGUUUCUGCCUGUGGAGUGUGCGUGUGUUGCACAUUUGGACUGCCUUGCUUCCAUCAUUUGCUUGCAACAGGAUUUACUCAUCAGUUGUGUUCAGGUCUUGAACAGAGGAGAAACAACGUGGUCUAUCAUCCUGUGUAGCUUUGGGAGCCAACCAGAUGGCAUCUUCUACUUCUGUGCCUGUAGGUUUUCACUAUGAGACAAAAUACGUUGUCCUCAGCUAUUUGGGUCUCUUGUCCCAGGAGAAGCCUCAGGAACAGCAUUCUCUGCCAACUCAAGAUCCAUCUACAGGCUCCCAGGCUUUAGAUAAGGAGGUUCUGGAGAAAGUUAAAGCAGAAAUUGAGGAAGAAUUGAAACAUCUUGAUGAAGAAAUUUUGGAAGCCUUUACCAGUACAGGAUUUGACUGCCACACAUCUCCAGUAUUCAGUCCUGCUGACCCAGAGACUUCAAUAGAAGACUGUUUAGCUCAUCUGGGAGAGAAAGUAUCCCGAGAACUGAGGGAACCCCUUCAAAAGGCAUUAGAGAUCCUACUUAGCAAGCCAGUGACUUACCAGGAAUACAGGGAAAGGACGCAGGAGGCAGCAGCCCUUGCGACUGGGUGGAGCAAGGUUUUAGUGCCUUUGGUGAUCCUUCAGCAGUUCUUAAUGGAGCUCACAAGACGGGGCCAGGAGCCGCUUGGCGCGCUGCUACAGUUUGGCGUGACCUACCUAGAAGACUAUGUUGCAGACUACGUCAUCCAGCAAGGAGGAUGGGGCACUGUCUUUAGCUUGGAUUCUGAAGAGGAGGACUACCACGGACUCAUUGCCGAGGACAGCAAUGACAUCUACAUCCUAACUAGUGACAACUCGGGCCAGGUGAGCCCUCCUGAAUCGCCCACAGUGACCACAUCUUGGCAGUCGGAGAGCCUGCCUGUCUCUUUGUCAGCUAGCCAGAGCUGGCACACCGAGAGCUUGCCCGUGUCUUUGGGCCCUGAGUCUUGGCAACAAGUGGCCAUGGAAACGGAAGAAGUGAAGAGUUUGGACAGUAACGGAGGUGGGGAAGAGAGGAGCGAAAACAACUCCUCCAAUUCUGAUAUUGUUCACGUUGAGAAGGAAGAGAUUCCAGAGGGGGCUGAGGAAACGUCACCACCUCAAGCGGCUCCUCUGACUGAAACCGCAAAGCAGGAUGCUGCAGAUGCUCCAGCCGCCUUGCUGGAGGCGGUGUCGGAAGCCGAAAUCGUGUCGAUUACAGAAGUAAGCCUCUCUGCAGCAAUGCCUACUGAACAGCAGGAGGAGGGAAAGGCAAGAGAGGAGCUGGAACCCGAAACUCCAGCACUGAGCAAGCCUGCUAAGACACCAUCUCCUGUAGAGGAAAAGGCUCCCUCCAAACCUGAGAGAAUACUGCCUCCAGAAGAGGAAGCGGAGGCAAGGAAGGAAGGCUAUUCUGAAGAAAAGGAAGAGAAGUCCCCUGACGGAGAAGAGAAACCCAUCCUCUUGCCAGAAGGGAAAUCGAUUCUGCUAUAUGGUGGGGCAGCAGCGGUAGCCAUUCUGGCGGUGGCAGUGGGCGUGGCGCUGGCGUUGAGGAAGAAGUAAUGAACUUCACUCGGAUCCACAUUUAGUUGCAUUGACUGAAGGUUGAGAUGCCUACUGUCGGGGAAAUCUAUGUAACUUAAAAGGGUGGUGGGGCAAAAGGUGUCCACUGUAAGGUUUAAGUCUAGGGACAAUCGUGUUUUUAGUGUACUGGGACUGGAGCUUCCUGAUUAAACCAAUUGGGGUGUUGUUGUUUUUUUUAAAAAAAGAACCCCACACAUGUAAAGUAUCUGUGUACAAAUGAGGAAAGUGAAUGUUUAUACACUGGAACCUGGAACCUAAAAUUCCAGGGCAAUGGGAGAGUCAGUGGCUACCUCCUGGAGGUUUUCCUUACAUAGCUGCUAUUGCAGCUUUUUUGGGUUUCCCCCUUCACCUCUUGAAUGAGAGGUGCCUCAGUCCGGUAGCAUGAGGCUGGUCUCCCUUUUCUGCCUCAGCUUCCUCAGGUGCACUGCGCUGCUCCUGCUGACCUCCCAGUUCUCUCUUUUAAGCCCCAAUGGGGUUGUGCUUCUUCAAUACCUCUUUGCUUUCUACUUUUCCUGCCUCCCCUUCCCCAAAUACUUCCUAAGCCCCCCCCCCCAAACCUUCAAAAGCUCUGCUGCUCUCUAGCAGAGUUCUCAGUGUUCUCUAAUGGUGGGUGGAGGAAGUACAUUUCCCAGAGAUGAAUUAGGAUGCUGUUGUUGGGGGGAAAGGUAGAUGUUCAUUGAGUGCCCUCCCCCAAUAUGUAUUUUGUCAUUUCAGUGAUCCCCGUUGAUGCAAUGCCUCUCCCCUUUAAUCCCUACUGCUUUAUUGCAAUUGUUUUGGUAGGGCAAAAGAUCUGACCACCUUCUUGUAAUGGAUGCAGAGGGUGAUGAUGGAAAUGUUACUAACCCAGUAUUCAUAUAAGCAAAAAAAGCCUAAGGGCUGACUUGGCACCAUUUGUGAAAUAACGUAAGCACAGACUCGCUCCACCUCUUUCUCUGCAUUUGCACAGCGUUCAAGGGUGGGUUGCAGUUUAGCCUUAAAUUGACCUUGGCCGCUGCCAGAUGAGCAAAUACAAGGUCUUCCAAGAAACUGGUCUCCAGUCUGAACCGCAUGAUGCUGUACCUUCCAGUUAAUUGCCUAGCAGCUCCUGAGUGAUGUUGCAAAAGCCAGCAGUCUUGUGUGGCUCAUGUGAACUUCUUGGGUGACUGUUAUGUGUAGAGAGUUUGGAGAAGUACACAGAAAAGGUGGAUAAAUUAAAACCAAAUAUUUCUCCCCCUCCAGGCACGCUUAAUUCUGGCCUGUGACAUGGUAGACAUAUCCCCUCUCUUUCACCCCCUUUCCACUUAGUUUCUCAAUAAAUGAUGCUGAGGGAUUUCCCCCCCCCCCCCCAAUUUCCUGGUGCCCUUGUUUUUGGAUAUGAUUCUGCACAGCAAUCGGGUACCUUGGUGUAGAUUUUUCUGUAGGUAGCAUUAAAGUGUAGAGUUAGGUAUUUUUUUCUCUUAAACCUUUGCCAUAGCUGCCUUUUCCUGUUACCUUCUGUAGAUCAGAUGAUCAGGAAGUUCCUAAAUUUCUUCAUUCAGAUGUGGUUUCCAGCUUUCUAUUCAUGUAAAUAAAAAACAUCUCAAAUUAUUACAUGA